AUUCCACCUUUUCUCCAGAUUACAACGUGAAUGCUAUUCUUCCUCUUAGAGAAGAUCCUCGUAGUACGUCUGUGAAAAUUAGCGAUAAGGACUUGAAUAGAUCCGUGGAAUUUGCACAAGACGUUCUGGAGCACCUGCAGCGGCUAGAAAAUAGUUUGCAAUGGUCCAAUAUAAACGUCCGUCACGAAAGUCCAGUUCAUGGACAGUUGAUUGAAUCCUCUCCAGAAAGGGAGGCACUUUUAGUUGGGAGAGAUGCCCUAAUAUCUACUAAAGCUACUGCUCAACUGGUCAAUACACACUGUGGCAAACAUCACCUUAAUCCUUCUGAAUGUGUGAGGCAUAUGUCAAAUUUCAAAUUGACUACGACAUCUCUUCGUGAGUCAUGUCCAGAAUUUCGAAAGAGGUGUACCCUUUCGGAAACACAUUCACCUUACCGCUCAACAGAUGGUUCCUGCAAUCAUGCUAAUAAAGGAGUUUUGGGCCAAUCCUUGAUGCCCUACAAGAGAUUGUUGAGUCCCGACUAUUUGGACGGAGUCCAAGAACCCAGAAGGUCAGUUAAUAGGAAGUAUCCACUACCAUCUGCGAGGUCUAUUAGCACUUCACUGAAUCAAAAUUCUAAUUUUCUUGAUAACGAAAUAACGCUGGCUGUGAUGCAGUGGAGCCAGUUCGUCGAGCAUGACCUGGCUCACACUCCUACUCAUAAGAUGAUUCAUUCUCAACAAGCAAUCGAAUGCUGCGAUUCUCAUGGCAGAAACCUUUCUCCUCGCUACAAGCAUCCUUUCUGCCAUCCAAUCCACGUAUCCAUGGAGGACGAGUUCUACUCCAAACAUGGAAUUGAAUGUAUGACUUACGUAAGAUCUUUGCCUUCAAUGAGGGCUGAUUGUAGUCUUGGACCAAUGGACCAAAUGAACCAAGCUACUCACUAUUUGGACGGAUCCCAAUUGUAUGGUUCUAAUCCCAAGAAGGCUUUCGCGUUAAGAAAAAUGGAAGGGGGUCUUUUGGACUACAGUGAAUAUGGAACAUAUACAUUUUUACCAAUUGCUAGCCACCCCUCUGAAAGUUGCCAAGGGAACUCCAAUAACUCCCUAUGUUUCAAGUCAGGUGACUCCAGGGUUAACACUCAGCCUCAACUUACUGCUAUGUACACAAUUUGGCUUCGGGAACACAACAGGAUUGCGACAUUGUUGCAUCGAAUUAAUCCCCAUUGGAGUGACGAAAUUCUGUAUCAAGAGGCAAGGAGAAUAGUGAUUGCUGAAAUGCAGCAUAUUACUUACAGCGAAUGGAUUCCAGUAGUCUUGGGAAACCGUUUAUCCACUGUUGUAGAUGAUAAAAAUAACUUCAACGAGAGGAUUGAUCCAACCAUAAGCAAUAGUUUUGCAACUGCAGCUUUGAGGUUUAUCAAUUCUUUGAUGGAAGGCAACUUGAAGUUGUACAAAGAAAACAGGAGUUCAAAUACUUCAAUUUCUUUGAGCAAUUUUUUCAACAAACCUACGUCUUUGGAGAAGCCCGGAUUUUUGGAUGCUCUUAUCAGAGGUUUAGCUACUCAGGCCAGUCAGAAAUUGGAUUUAAAUGUAGUGGAUGAAGUGACAACGUUAUUGUACCGCUCAGGAAGUUAUGGAUAUGAUGUUUUGAGUUUGGACAUUCAGAGGGGUAGAGAUCAUGGACUUCCCUCUUAUACAUCGUACCGUACCCUGUGUGGACUUCCUGAAGUCUCUUCUUUUGACGACCUGGAUGACGUAAUACCUCAAAAGACCAUAAAUAUCUUAAAGGAAGUCUACGGCGAUCCUAGAGAUAUCGAUCUAUUGAUUGGUGGCCUUUCGGAAAGACCUGUGAGAGACUCCUUGUUGGGACCCACCUUUAGUUGCAUCAUUACAGAUCAGAUGUGGCGUACCAAACACGGAGAUCGCUAUUUCUACACCAACGCGAACCAACCCAAGCCCUUCACGGUUGCUCAACUUGCCCAACUGAAGAAAGUUACUUUGGCAAGAAUUUUUUGUGAUAAUGGCGCUGAUAUCAGACUAAUGCAACCGAAUGCCUUCAGAAAAAUAAAUCAAAGCAACCAAUUGGUGGAAUGCAGUCACUCUGAAAUACCGAGGGUUGAUUUCAGCUUCUGGGCGGAAAAUUACACCCUUCCCGCAUAAAGGUCUUGCAAUAAAAAUGAAUUAAGUUUUGUUUCACACGUGAAGAUUUUUAUUUUCAACUUUAGUUAGAUAUCAUAAUUGAAGAUUUGCUGUUUAAUAUUUAUUUCACUUUUUGUUGGUUUAUCUCUUCGGUAGAUGGUCACAGACAGAAACAAAACUUAUUUCUUUAAGGUACAGUUAUUUGUUUUAUGUAUAUAGGUAUAUAAAAAUCUGUCGUCGAAUGAUUUAAGACUGAAAAGUAAUGGCUGUUCUCAUUGUCAGUAGUUUUAACAAUAAUAAUAAUAAUAAUAAUA